AUGUCGACCUCAGAAGGGAUACCCCUCAGCUACCUCGUACAGCACUCGGCCUAUCUCUGCCAUAUACACCCUAGGCCACUAGACGCCACCUUUCUCAGAGCCAUUCGAGCGCAUGCCGCAGACACGCUCGAGAUCCGCAUGCUCGUCACCGCCCCAUCCAAAGGCGCCUGGCACGCAAAUCCCGAAACAUCCAAGCACGACUCCGGAGGCUACGAAAUACGGCUGAAACACCGGGAUGAGGCGCUCGCGCGCGCAAACAACUCCGCGAGGCACGAAUGGGAGGAACGGACGGUCUACGUGGUGCGUGUGCACCCCUCCCGCCUCGCGUACCCCUCCGUCACACGACCCCGUCCACAGGAAUGCGUCCCCCCCGCACACCGCACCGUCCCCCGCAUCGCCUACUUCCUCUCCGCCCUCCUCCCGCCCUCCGGCCCGGACGAGCCCACCCGCAUCCAGGCAAUCUCCCUCCCGCCGCACCACCUCGACCGCCCCGGCGCGCCCCCGAAGCCCAAAGGCUUUGCGUUCGUCACCCUCGCCUCCGCGUCCGACGCCGCGCGCCUCGUCGCACACUGGCCCUGGCUCCCGCGCCGGACGUCGUUGCCCUCCGGGCCCGGCGCUGAUGCGAAUGACGAGGGUGAUGGCGGCCCUGAGCCGCACGCCGGCGUGCGGCGGGAUGCGGUCAAAUUCGGCUUCCGCGCUCUGAGGAAGGCGCGCUGGGACGCGAUGAGGGAGGAGUAUUUGGAGCACCGGCAGGCGCUGCUUGACGAGAUCGCUCGGGUGGAGGGGGACCGGGCGAGCGCGCGCCGUAUGGGGACGGCAGGGGAAGCAGCAGGGGGACCAAGCACGAGCACGUCAACGAGAACGAAACCGGACACGGUGCGUAAGUCCGUCUCCGAGCCCGCGCUCGACCCGUCGGCGGCGUACCCCCCGGGCUGCCUCGUCUUCGUCCGGGACGUGCACCCCGAGACGAACAAGACGGCGCUCAAGACGCUCUUCGCCGCGCACGCCUUCGGCUCCCCGGCCGCGCUCGACUACGUCGACUACCACAAGGGCAUGACCUCGUGCCACGUCCGCGUCGCGACGCCCGCGCACGCCCGGAUGCUCGUUUCUGCCCUGGCCGACCGCCCGGUCGUGCAGGCGGCGGGGCUGGACGACGCAGGCGCUCCCCCGUCCGAGGCUGGCGCGACGAGGGGUGCCAAGCCUGUCAAAGGCGAGCUCGUCGAUGGGGAGAGGGAGGCGCUGUACUGGAACAAGCUGCCCGAGAAGGUGCGCCGCGAGGCCGUGAGGAAGGCCAUCGCGCAGGCGUUCCAGCGCGUGGAAGACGCAGCGGCGGGCGGGGAAGCCGAGCACGACGCAGCGGCGGAGGAGCGGCAGGGGAAGCGGGCGCGGAAGCGCAGGAGGAAGGCGUAGACGUGGACGCGAUACUGCUGCAUGCAUCCACCUUGCCUGUAUCGGGGGUAGAUGUUGUGCCAGUCUCCUCCAGCUCCUCCGCUGAGAGCCUUCGCUCUAGCCUUGCUACUAUGCUCGCCUCGCUGGUAGCUGCUUACUCACUACCACACUACCUUCCCCACCACGCCUAUCGCUCAAUUCA